AUGUGCCGGGAAGGGACGGGACAGCCUCUCCGUUCCCCGCCGCCCCGGGCAGCCUCUAUCCAGGGCUCAGCCCGGCUCCCCCCGUCUCUCUCCAGCGCAGGUCGUAACCUGAAGGAGUGGCUGCGGGAGCAGUUUUGCGACCACCCCAUUGAGCACUGCGAGGACACCCGGCUGCACGAUGCGGCCUACGUGGGGGACCUGCCCACCCUCAAGAGCUUGCUGCAAGAGGAGAGCUUCCAAAGCCGUAUCAACGAGAAGUCAGUGUGGUGCUGCGGCUGGCUGCCCUGCACGCCGCUGCGCAUCGCCGCCACUGCUGGCCACGGCCCCUGCGUCGACUUCCUCCUCCGCAAAGGGGCCGAGAUCGACUUGGUGGACGUGAAGGGGCAGACCGCCCUCUACGUGGCUGUGGUCAACGGGCACCUCGAGUGUGCCAAGAUCCUCCUGGAAGCUGGGGCUGACCCCAAUGGCAGCCGGCACCACCGCAGCACCCCUGUCUACCACGCGGCACGUGUGGGCCGGGCAGACAUCCUCCGGGAGCUGAUCAGGUACGGCGCAGACGUGGACGUGAAUCACCACCUCACUUCCCGGGUCCCUAGCCUCUCCCUGCGACCCCUCACCACGCUGGUGGUCUGCCCACUGUACAUCAGCGCCGCCUACCACAACCUCCAGUGCUUCCAGCUGCUGCUCCAGGCAGGAGCCAACCCGGAUUUUAACUGCUGCGGGCCCAUCAACAUCCAAGGCUUCUCCCGGGGCUCCCCAGUGUGUGUGAUGGACGCUGUCCUGCGGCAUGGCUGUGAAGCAGCAUUUGUCCACCUCUUGAUUGACUUUGGAGCCAAUCUGAACCUGGUGAAAGUGGAGGCCUUGGGAGUUGAAUCCACGGGAAGGGUCAAAGUCAACCCUGAGGCUCUGCAGGUGUUCAAAGAAGCAAGGGGCCGCACCCGGAGCCUCUUGUCUCUCUGCCGCAUAGCUGUACGAAGAAUACUUGGCAAAUCUCGUCUGGAUCUGAUCCAUAUCCUUCCAAUCCCAGACCCCAUUAAACAAUUUUUACUUCAUGAACACAGUUAAAGGGCAACUGGCUGCUUUCCGGGACAGUUUGAUUUGGUAAAUGAGUGCGCUGAUAAAGCCAGGUGCCAAUCCUAACCCUUCCCCCACAGUGAAAUACUGUAUUGCUCAUGGAGUUCACAUAAUUCCCUGCCCCUGUGAUUUUUCCCCUCCAAAUUUAGGGUGCAGUGAUUUUGUGUGUCUAUUCUUAAGCUACCAGUUAUCUAACUGGUGAUCUCUUGUUUGCAACUGGUUGGGUGAUGAGGCCAGUAAGCGUGUGUGGCUGUUACAUGAGCAAAUACAAUAUAUCCCCUAUAGCUGUUAGCAUAUGUCUGUUUGUUAUGACUCUACCUCUGUUAUUGCUCUGUGUUACACACAACUUGGGUCUCAGUGGAACUUCUGUGUGGGGCAAGUGUCCGUGCUCGAGCCUUUCCUCUUCCUAUAGCAUACAAGGGAGUGUCUCCGCGCCUUGUAAGGGUUUUACAACAGCACUGUUCUCU